AUGGAGCUUACGAGGGCGAAACCCAGACAAUAUGUGGAAUUCCGUAUCCCUUUGGCGGAAUCACAGAAGGGCCAGACGGAGAUGGGUCAAUAUGUAGAACAACUAAAAGGAUUCGCCCAAUCUGUAUUGCUUGGCCAGUCUUGUCUGGGAUAUAAUAAACUGCUGAUUAUGGGUUACAUCCAGGAGGCCAUACGUUGUAAACAAGCACCCGAACUCAGCGCACAGCUUGAUCAACACCUCAAGACAACAAUAGAAUCGAUGUUUAACAACGUGAACGAGGAGAAUGCUGCGUUAGAAUCUCAAGGUGUCGAAAAUGAACAUAGAAAUGAACAGAUAUUGAACCGGAUAGAACUCUGUUGGUGCCACCUCAGAGCGGCACUCAGCGAUCUCAUACAAGUAUGCUCCCAGCUGGAAUCUGCGGCACCAGGGGGAUUCUCCAUAUGGAAGGAUGCCAUGCAAUAUUUCAAGGAAAAUCUCGAAGCUGGACAUAGAAUGAAGGACCGCCUCAUGGUAGCUAUGCUCGACAAAAUUGCACUAUACCGCAACGGAGGCGAAGUGACAUUUUGCCAGCUGAGAAAUAUUGUGGAAAUGUUUACGUUUGUCAAUAGCUAUGACACGUUCGAGGAGAAGGUUAUUGCAGAAACACGUGACCACUACCGGCGACUGGCGGAAGAGGUUUUAUCACGAAACCCAGUCACGCAAGCUUACUCUAUAUUUCGGGAAAAGAUACAACAUGAGGAGGAAUGCUGUAGUAAAUACCUUAUAAAAUCAACGGUGCAAAAGGUUCUAGACACGCUCAAGGUGCAGGUGCUACAAUUAAACGCAGAGAAACUCAUGAAACCAACGGACCUGAAGAAUAUCAUCAAUUCCGAUGAUAUUCAGUCUAUGAAGGUUCUGCUUGCACUUUAUGCAGACACGGAGUGGAUCUCCCUCCUACAUGAUGCCAUCUUCGACGCGGCACAGAGAAUCGGAGACGAUAUCACAGGGGAAUUCUUGUCUCUCGUUCAGGGCGCGGGAGCGGCCAACGCACCAGAACAAUGUUUCGAUUACAUCAGAAAGCUUCAUGGAUUCAAGAUGCAUCUUGACGCGACUGUCAAGAACACACUGCCGCCAAAUGUUGACUUCAAAGCAAAGGAACAUAAUCUCUGGCAAAGGAUCAUAAAUGCAAAUGAUAGAACUAUAGAAGCAACUACUGUGGCGCUAGCUGCAUAUGCAGAUGGCGCACCAAAUACAACUAAUGUUCAGUCUUUUAUCGAAGAGGACUGCGGGAUAACAUUUAUAAUGCGACUCUUCCGAGCGAUAGUAAACAAAUCGAAGUUCGAGAUCUUAUUCAGGUCCAUGAUCUCAACAAGGUUGCUGUAUGAGCAUCAUCUAAGCCAAGCGCAUGAACAGAUCGUCAUCAAACUUAGGGAAGAAUGUGGCGCCGCAUAUGUAUCUAAGUUAGAGGUUAUUAUAAGCGAUUACAAGGGCUCAUCCAAGGUCGCAACGGAAUUUCCUGCCUACAGGGAAGAAUAUAUAACGCAACAAGUGGAACCAAACUUUGAUUUCUCUGCGCUAGUGGUAUCCAAGGAGACAAGCAUAAGGAACGCAAAACGCGCCCACCCAGAGACAGAAGACGACGCACAAGAAUGGGAGGAUGUUUCGGCACAAAACUGUACAACAAGUCCGAUGGCUGAAGUACAGCUGCAAGUCGCGCAGCGCCUCCAGACGGAAUUUGCUGAGUUCUACUCUUCCAGACACAAAAACAGGUCCGUGACUUAUUUACCUGAUUUGGGAUCGGCACUAGUAGAAAUGGAGAUAAAAGGGGAGAGUUACGAGCUCAAAUUGUCAAUAUGCCAGGCGUACUGUCUACUCUCGCUUAACACCAAGGAAACGAUUUCAUUGUCCGAUCUACGGGAAGUCAUGGGAGAGGAGUAUAACGAAAUCAGGAUGCGCAAACACAUGGCGCCACUAAAUGCAGGUGAAAAUCCAGUCGUCACCUUCAUCAAGCCAGGUCUCACAUUCGAAAACUGUACAGAGGAAGAUUCGUUCGAACUUAAUCCGAACUUCGUCCCAGAGGCCAAGCUGUGUGAUGUGCAGUUCAAAGACCAAAUCUUGGAACAACUUACUGUAACGGAAAACGCAAACGCAAUCACAGAGGACAUCACUCCCAUUAUAGAAGCCACGAUAGUGAGGCAUCUUAAGAGCAACCUCGUAGACAAGUCGUCUAAUGUAUUCAAAGUGUGCGUCGCGAAACACAGCUCACUGGACAGGUUCGAGUUCAACAAGAUACUCGAUUCGCUCGCCGAGAGAGACUUUGUGAAGGUAGACACACAAGCGGAUACCAUCACAUAUGUCCCGUGA